AUGAGAGCAGCGGCGGUUUCCUCCCCACCCAAUAGAGACGAAGGUCAUGAGAGCGCACCUGAGCAGUGGGAGGUUGAUCCACAACCGUUACCAUCCACUGUUGUCGAUGAUACCCCGCUUUUAAAUCCCCCAACUUUAACCCGAUGUAUGACUCUUUCGGAUGCUUUGUACAGACGACGAGAGAAUCCGAGAGGAGAGUGGUAUGAUAACACGGUAUACAGCGACGCCGACAAUCACGACCAAGAAAUCGUGUCGAUGAAUACAUACGAGGACCACAACGGUGCAUAUCAUACUCAAGUAGAAGAAAUCCCUAGGACUUCAGAUGUCGGGGCGCACGAUUUCGAAAGUCAGUGGGAUCAUUCUGAGUUUGAUCACAGCAACUUACCUCAGAAAACGUAAGUGCGACACUUGGGAGAUAAAUAACCAUCAUAAUAGAAUCAGGACAUUUUGUCCUAUUAGCAAGAAUAGCCCUUAUACUUCAGGGUGGCUCAGUGGAGAAGUCACUUUGAUUUUUGUUCGACAUUUGAUAUGAAAUCAAAGGAACAAGCUUGCCAUUUAUAAUGAGCAAAAUGUCAAUGUUUAAAGGUGCAAUAUGUAACUUUUUGGGACCCAACCAAAUUCACAUAGAAAUCUUUGUAAUAGAUCUGUCAUUAUCGUUGAAAGUCUAAGAAGGGGUAGAUAUGUUCUAUGAGCACUAUUUCUAUGCUUCCUUUUCUCAAGUUUCGUUUUUGUGUCUUUAACUUUUGGUUUUGUAUGCCAGCAUCAAACAGCUGAAAAUAUAUAUAUUUUUGGUUAUGGAAAGACAUUUCACAGCGGUUUAAAUGGUAAAAUGAUUCUCUACAUUAUACUUGCUUCUUUUGUCACAUAAACUGAAAUUAAGAGAAGGGGUAAUCCCGAGUGGCGCAGCGGUUUAAGGCACUGCAUCUCAGAGCUAGAGGCGUCACUACAGACCCUGUAUCACAAUCCGGCCUUGAUUGGGAGUCCCAUAGGGCGUUGGACGGGGUAGGCCGUCAUUGUAAAUACGAAUUUGUUCUUAACUGACUUGCCUGUUAAAUAAAGGUUAAAUAAAAUAAAAAAUAAAACAACUAUUAGAAUUUUAGCAACCAGGAAAUGGGGAAGCGAUUUCUGCAUCGUGCCUCUUUAAAUUAAUAAUUUUUCUUGGUUGUUUUAUAUGGCAGGCUACACCGCCUUCUUGAAAUUCUUAAUAUUAAUACAAUGCACAAUCUGGGAUAUGUCGUGCUGUUCAAUGGUCUUAUAAUGUAAUAUAGGAUAGCCAUAUAUUCCUGAAUAAUAACAUAUACAGUUGAAGUCGGAAGUUUACAUACACUUAGGUUGGAGUCAUUAAACCUCGUUUUUUCAACCACUCCACACAUUUCUUGUUAACAAACUAUAGUUUUGGCAAGUCGGUUAGGACAUCUACUUUGUGCAUGACACAAGUCAUUUUUCCAACAAUUGUUUACAGACAGAUUAUUUCACUUAUAAUUCACUGUAUCACAAUUCCAGUGGGUCAGAAGUUUACAUACACUAAGUUGACUGUGCCUUUCAACAGCUUGGAAAAUUCCAGAAAUUAUGUCAUGGCUUUAGAAACUUCUAAUUUGAGUCAAUUGGAGGUGUACUUGUGGAUGUAUUUCAAGGCCUAUCUUCAAACUCAGUGCCUCUUUGCUUGACAUCAUGAGAAAAUCAAAAGAAAUCAGCCAAGACCUCAGAAAAAAAUGGUAGACCUCCACAAGUCUGGUUCAUCCUUGGGAGCAAUUUCCAAACGCCUGAAGGUACCACGUUCAUCUGUACAAACAAUAGUACGCAAGUAUAAACACCAUGGGACCAUGCAGCCGUCAUACCGCUCAGAAAGGAGACGCAUUCUGUCUCCUAGAGAUGAACGUACUUUGGUGCGAAAAGUGCAAAUCAAUCCCAGAACAACAGCAAAGGACCUUGUGAAGAUGCUGGAGGAAACUGGUACAAAAGUAUCUAUGUCCACCGUAAAACGAGUCCUAUAUCGACAUAACCUGAAAGGCCGCUCAGCAAGGAAGAAGCCACUGCUCCAAAACUACCAUAAAAAAGACAGACUACGGAUUGCAACUGCACAUGGGGACAAAGAUCGUACUUUUUUGAGAAAUGUCCUCUGGUCUGAUGAAACAAAAAUAGAGCUGUUUGGCCAUAAUGACCAUCGUUAUGUUUGGAGGAAAAAGGGGGCCGCUUGCAAGCAGAAGAACACCAUCCCAACCGUGAAGCACAGGGGUGGCAGCAUGAUGCUGUGGGGGUGCUUUGCUGCAGGAGGGACUGGUACGCUUCACAAAAUAGAUGGCAUCAUGAGGAAGGAAAGUUAUGUGGAUAUAUUGAAGCAGCAUCUCAAGACAUCAGUCAGGAAGUUAAAACUUGGUCGCAAAUAGGUCUUCCAAAUGGACAAUGACCCCAAGCAUACUUCACAAGUUGUGGUAAAAUGGCUUAAGGACAACAAAGUCAAGGUAUUGGAGUGGCCAUCACAAAGCCCUGACCUCAAUCCUAUAGAACAUUUGUGGGCAGAACUGAAAAAGCAUGUGCGAGCAAGGAGGCCUACAAACCUGACUCAGUUACACCAGCUCUGUCAGGAGGAAUGAGCCUAAAUUCACCCAACUUAUUGUGGGAAGCUUGUUGAAGGCUACCCAAAAAGUUUGACCCAAGUUAAACAAUUUAAAGGCAAUGCUACCAAAUACUAAUUGAGUGUAUGUAAGCUUCUGACCCACUGGGAAUGUGAUGAAAUAAAUAAAAGCUGAAAUAAAUAAUUCUCUGUACGAUUAUUCUGACAUUUCACAUUCUUAAAAUAAAGUGGUGAUCCAAACUGACCUAAGACAGGCAAUAUGUACUAGGAUUAAAUGUCAGGAAUUGUGAAAAACUGAAUAUAUAGUAUCUCACAAAAGUGAGUACACCCCUCACAUUUUUGUAAAUAUUUGAGUAUAUCUUUUCAUGUGACAACACUGAAGAAAUGACACUUUGCUACAAUGUAAAGUAGUGAGUGUACAGCUUGUAUAACAGUGUAAAUGUGCUGUCCCCUCAAAAUAACUCAACACACAGCCAUUAAUGUCUAAACCGCUGGCAACAAAAGUGAGUAUACCCCUAAUUGAAAAUGUCCAAAUUGGGCCCAGUGUCAAUAUUUUGUGUGGCCACCAUCAUUUUCCUGCACUGCCUUAACCCUCUUGGGCAUGGAGUUCACCAGAGCUUCACAGGUUGCCACUGGAGUCCUCUUCCACUCCUCCAUGACGACAUCACGGAGCUGGUGGAUGUUAGAGACCUUGCACUCCUCCACCUUCCGUUUGAGGAUGCCCCACAUAUGCUCAAUAGUGUUUAGGUCUGGAGACAUGCUUGGCCAGUCCAUCACCUUUACCCUCAGCUUCUUUAGCAAGGCAGUUGUUGUCUUGGAGGUGUGUUUGGGGUCGUUAUCAUGUUGGAAUACUGCCCUGCGGCCCAGUCUCCGAAGGGAGGGGAUCAUGCUCUGCUUCAGUAUGUCACAGUACAUGUUGGCAUUCAUGGUUCCCUCAAUGAACUGUAGCUCCCCAGUGCCGGCAGCACUCAUGCAGCCCCAGACCAUGACACUCCCACCACCAUACUUGACUGUAGGCAAGACACACUUGUCUUUGUACUCCUCACCUGGUUGCCGCCACACACGAUUGACACCAUCUGAACCAAAUAAGUUUAUCUUGGUCUCAUCAGACCACAGGACAUGGUUCCAGUAAUCCAUGUCCUUAGUCUGCUUGUCUUCAGCAAACGGGCUUUCUUGUGCAUCAUCUUUAGAAGAGGCUUCCUUCUGGGACGACAGCCAUGCAGACCAAUUUGAUGCAGUGUGCGGCGUAUGGUCUGAGCACUGACAGGCUGACCCCACACCCCUUCAACCUCUGCAGCAAUGCUGGCAGCACUCAUACGUCUAUUUCCCAAAGACAACCUCUGGAUAUGACGCUGAGCACGUGCACUCAACUUCUUUGGUCGACCAUGGCGAGGCCUGUUCUGAGUGGAACCUGUCCUGUUAAACUGCUGUAUGGUCUUGGCCACCGUGCUGCAGCUCAGUUUCAGGGUCUUGGCAAUCUUCUUAUAGCCCAGGCCAUCUUUAUGUAAAGCAACAAUUCUUUUUUUCAGAUCCUCAGAGAGUUAUUUGCCAUGAGGUGCCAUGUUGAACUUCCAGUGACCAGUAUGAGGGAGUGUGAGAGCGAUGACACCAAAUUUAACACACCUGCUCCCCAUUCACACCUGAGACCUUGUAACACUAACGAGUCACAUGACACCGGGGAGGGAAAAUGGCUAAUUGGGCCCAAUUUUGACAUUUUCACUUAGGGGUGUACUCACUUUUGUUGCCAGCGGUUUAGACAUUAAUGGCUGUGUGUUGAGUUAUUUUGAGGAGACAGCAAAUGUACACUGUUAUACAAGCUGUACACUCACUACUUUACAUUGUAGCAAAGUGUCAUUUCUUCAGUGUUGUCACAUGAAAAGAUAUACUCAAAUAUUUUCAAAAAUUUGAGGGGUGUACUCACUUUUGUGAGAUACUGUAAAUGUAUUUGGCUAAGGUGUAUGUAAACAAAUAUGGUUUCUACUGACAAUUGAGAUGUACAAACUAUGGCAUAAGGGGACAACGAGCAGAUAAGAGGCAAUCCGUAAUUUCAAUGAAGACAUUAAUUAGCGAGCUAAGAUGGAUGUAGUCAAUAUAACUAUUUGUUCAGCACUUUUGAAAUGUACAGUGACAGAAUUCAGAACAUGGGCCGUUCUUACAGUGUUCUCCCUGUACACCAAGUCAGAACCGUAGGAUAAAUAAAGGGGGCAUAUAAGCAGACAAUGAACAGGAAGGUGGCAUGUUGGUCCUUGUGGGAAGAUUUUGUCAUCAAAGUCUGGCAUCCUCUGGAUUUAUGGUGCUUUCAAGACAGCUGGGAAAAAACAAGGUCGAAUCAUGACGUCUGUGAUCUUCAGGUCGGAGCUCUAGUGUUCCCGACAUGGAAUUCCUAGUUGGAUGACCGUUCAAAACAUAUUUUCCCAGUCGGAGCUCGUUUUUUUCUGAGUUCCCAGUUGUUUUUUAAACGUGGCAGAAGUCAUGCUGUAUUGACAACAUGGCCAAUGCAUUUAACCUUUUCUGGCCCAUUGUGUUGAAUGUUUAUCCUUUUAAGCUUGGAAAAGAGACCUUUAAACCCAGACUUGGACCACACACCCACUCCACUGAAUAGCAGGCUAGUGAUUGCUUUGCAACGCUUGCAGUUAGCCACUGAAUCCUUCCAAACCACACAUUGUUGAAUUUGUGAUUUCCAACUUGUUGUGUAAUGUUUAUGUCCUAUGGCCGAUGAGCAUUGAUACGUUUUAUCUAUAAUUUAUCUUCAUAUGACAAGGAUUGAAAAGGAUUUGCCAGUAGAUUGUCGACUUGAUUCAUGAUGAUGACUACUUGUCCAGCUUGCUAGCUAAGAUUUUGAAAGUAUGAUGUUGACAUGAUCAGCCCAAUCAAAGUACGGUAGAUAUAACGUGAUUUGACGUCCUUUUAUCUGUGGCCAAUGACCUUGAGCCUUCUUGGAUGGACACUUCUAAUGUAAGUCUAUGGCAGCACCCAAGGGGCUUGAAUUUUAGAGCUCUCCCCAGAGGUUUUGCGGUGAUGUAGUGUCCCCAUGAGUGACAGAACACUGAGCCAAUCACGGCGCAACUAGAGAACAUUACCAACCCCUCGCUCCGUAUUUUCCAUUGGCUGCCCCUCCACCACAGAAAGCACUGAGCUAGGCUGAAACACCUGCAUUUUGGAGCUGCCUUACUCAAGAAAGCAAAACAGAGACCAUGUUUGUAUGCGGCUUUAUUAACUCAAUGAUUUUUUUUUUUUUUACAUUGUUUGCAAACUGAUAUGUGACACGUAUUAAUGUCAAAAUAACAUGCAAAACAGAAGAAAUUAAAAAAUACGAUGACGGGUCGCCACUGCUCAUCAGUCUAGUACAACUAUCUUCCUACACCUGUCUUACCUUUAUAUAACCCAAAUUAUGAGUAGGCCUGUUUAUGAUAUUCAUAUGAUUUAUAACACUCCCAUUUGGAGUAUUUGCAAACAAACAUAAUAUAGCCAAAUAUGUGUAAAACUAUUGUAUCCUGUUGAUCGCAUGGACUGUCAGGCCAUGCAUCCAUAGCCCCAUUUAUGAAAUUUAGAGUGGUAACAUUUCCCCGGGCCCAUCCUUCCGCUUCAUUUAACAAGUAGCUGGGCAGCUGUCAUUGGACUGAAACAGAUUGGACAGCUUUCUGAGUGUAGGUUACUUGAAGAACACCAUGAGGCUGCAUUUAUUUAACUGGGCAUAUGAACCCUAUAUAGAGAGGACUGGAUUGAGACAGAAGUCCCCAUCAGUGACUUCAGGAUAUGUUUUGCUUAGCUAGUAAUGUACAGCAAACAUCUGGCUUUCAAUCAAAGCCGUCAGAAUUCAACAGAUGCCGAUCACACCUCUCUCCAUAGAGAGACCGACACCUGUCAUACAAUGGCUCAAUAAAAAAACUCAGCAGACCAAGGAUGUUGUGUAUUAUAAACUGGGUGGUUCAAGCCCUGAAUGCUGAUUGGCUGACAGCUGUGGUAAAUCAGACCGUAUACCAUGGGUACGACAAAAUAUUUAUUUUUACUGCUCUAAUUACGUUGGUAAACAGUUUAUGAUAGCAAUAAGGCACCUCUGGGUUUGUGGUAUACAGUGAGGGAAAAAAGUAUUUGAUCCCCCACUGACAAAGAAAUGAUCAGUCUAUAAUUUUAAUGGUAGGUUUAUUUGAACAGUGAGAGACAGAAUAACAACAAAAAGAUCCAGAAAAACGCAUGUCAAAAAUGUGAUGAAUUGAUUUGCAUUUUAAUGAGGAAAAUAAGUAUUUGACCACUCUGCAAAACAUAACUUAGUACUUGGUGGCAAAACCCUUGUUGGCAAUCACAGAGGUCAGACGUUUCUUGUAGUUGGCCACCAGGUUUGCACACAUCUCAGGAGGGAUUUUGUCCCACUCCUCUUUGCAGAUCUUCUCCAAGUCAUUAAGGUUUCGAGGCUGACGUUUGGCAAGGUCUGGAGUUGGCUAGGCCACUCCAGGACCUUAAUGUGCUUCUUCUUGAGCCACUCCUUUGUUGCCUUGGCCGUGUGUUUUGGGUCAUUGUCAUGCUGGAAUACCCAUCCACAACCCAUUUUCAAUGCCCUGUCUGAGGGAAGGAGGUUCUCACCCAAGAUUUUACGGUACAUGGCCCCUCCAUCGUCCCUUUGAUGCGGUGAAGUUGUCCUGUCCCCUUAGCAGAAAAACACCCCCAAAGCAUAAUGUUUCCACCUCCAUGUUUGACGGUGGGGAUGGUGUUCUUGGGGUCAUAGGCAGCAUUCCUCCUCCUCCAAACACGGCGAGUUGAGUUGAUGCCAAAGAGCUCAAUUUUGGUCUCAUCUGACCACAACACUUUCACCCAGUUCUCCUCUGAAUCAUUCAGAUGUUCAUUGGCAAACUUCAGACGGGCAUGUAUAUGUGCUUUCUUGAGCAGGAGGACCUUGCGGGCGCUGCAGGAUUUCAGUCCUUCACGGCGUAGUGUGUUAUCAAUUGUUUUCUUGGUGACUAUGGUCCCAGCUGCCUUGAGAUCAUUGACAAGAUCCUCACGUGUAGUUCUGGGCUGAUUCCUCACCGUUGUCAUGAUCAUUGCAACUCCACGAGGUGAGAUCUUGCAUGGAGCCCCAGGCCGAGGGAGAUUGACAGUUAUUUUGUGUUUCUUCCAUUUGCGAAUAAUCGCACCAACUGUUGUCACCUUCUCACCAAGCUGCUUGGCGAUGGUCUUGUAGCCCAUUCCAGCCUUGUGUAGGUCUACAAUCUUGUCCCUGACAUCCUUAGAUAGCUCUUUGGUCUUGGCCAUGGUGGAGAGUUUGGAAUCUGAUUGAUUGAUUGCUUCUGUGGACAGGUGUCUUUUAUACAGGUAACAAACUGAGAUUAGGAGCACUGCCUUUAAGAGUGUGCUCCUAAUCUCAGCUCGUUACCUGUAUAAAAGACACCUGGGAGACAGAAAUCUUUCUGAUUGAGAGGGGGUCAAAUACUUAUUUCCCUCAUUAAAAUGCAUAUCGAUUUAUAACAUUUUUGCGUUUUUCUGGAUCUUUUUGUUGUUAUUCUGUCUCUCACUGUUAAAAUAAACCUACCAUUAAAAUUAUAGACUUAUCAUUUCUUUGUCAGUGGGCAAACGUACAAAAUCAGCAGGGGAUCAAAUACUUUUUUCCCUCACUGUAUGACCAAUAUACCAUGACUAAGGGCUGUGUCCAGGCACAGCUCUUAGCUGUGGUAUAUUGGCCAUAUACCACACUUCCUCGGGCCUUAUUGCUUAAUUAUACAUGCUGAAAUUACAUAAUCAUGCCAUUGCAGAAAACAAAAAGUAUCCAAGCACUCCUUGACUAUCAUUUUGAAAAGUGUAAACAUCUGCACUGAAUGUUGUGUUUUUUUCUACUCACUUUUCUCUUCAAUUCCUGUGAUUUUCCUUGUGGUCUGAAUAGUUUUUUUUCACCGUCUUUCUCCAUUCAGAGUUGAGACCAUGCACCAUAGAAAAACUACUGUGCGAGAGAAGGGUCGUCGGCAGGCUAUCCGUGGGCCAGCCUACAUGUUCAGUGAGCGGGGCACCAGUCUCACUACAGAGGAGGAGCGCUUCCUGGACGCUGCUGAGUACGGGAACAUCCCAGUGGUGCGUAAGAUGCUGGAGGAGUCCAAGACCCUCAACGUCAACUCUGUGGACUACAUGGGCCAGAAUGCACUGCAGUUGGCCGUGGGUAAUGAGCACUUGGAGGUAACAGAGCUGCUGCUGAAGAAGGAGGGUCUGGCUCGUGUGGGCGAUGGCCUCCUAUUGGCCAUCAGUAAGGGCUAUGUGCGUAUCGUAGAGGCUAUCCUGGCCCACCCUGCAUUCGGAGGUGGGCUGCGCCUCACCCUAAGCCCCCUGGAGCAGGAGCUACGAGAUGAUGACUUUUAUGCCUACGACGAAGACGGCACGCGUUUCUCCCAUGACGUGACCCCGGUCAUCCUGGCUGCACACUGCCAGGAGUAUGAGAUAGUCCACACUCUGUUGAUGAAGGGAGCGCGUAUCGAGAAGCCCCAUGACUACUUCUGUAAGUGUAGUGAGUGUCAUGACAAGCAGUGCCGUGACUCGUUCAGCCACUCCCGCUCCAGGAUGAAUGCUUAUAAAGGGCUGGCCAGCGCUGCCUACCUGUCCCUGUCUAGUGAGGACCCUGUAUUCACCGCUCUGGAGCUCAGCAACGAGCUGGCUCGCCUCGCCAACAUCGAGACUGAGUUCAAGGUGAGAAACAUAAAGACCAAGCUUGAGGAUUGAAAGAAGUGGGUUUACUGCUAAAGGAUAUUUUCAUCUGUGUAAUGUAUUGGCUUGCUUUCUCUCUCAUAUGCUCUCCUCCCGCUCACUAAUUUUGCAAUAUGGGCUCAAAGCUUUGUGUAGAUAUUUCUGAAAGCCCUAGAGCUGAUUUCAGUCUUUUGAUCACACAGGCAUGAUUAAUUGGGAAGAGAUCAAAUCAGGUAGUACAUGUGCACUACACUCAAAUAUUAUUGGAGUGUUGACACACUUAUAUUAUUGGAACCCGCUUUGAGAAAAUGAAGAUUGGGAACACGCUCAAAUGAGUCAUUGGGUAUGAAUGUAGACACACAAAUACAGUAUCUCCUCUUUCUACAUUUUAAUAAUUUAGCAGACACUCUUAUCCAAAGCAUACAUUUUCAUACUUUUUUUCUUUUCGUACUGGUCCCCCGUGGGAAUUGAACCCGCAACCCUGGGGUUGCACGCACCAUGCUCUACCAACUGAGCCACACAGUACACAAACACACACGCACACCAACACACACAGACGCACACACACAGGUCAUUCUCGUUAUAAAGAACCAUUAUGUGUGACAAACACAAACAUUGGAAUGCAAACUCACACUCUCACACCCUGCCUUAAUGAAAUAUACACAGUGUUUGUCAGUGCAGAAAAGGUUGGUCUCUGGUUUUCCAGGUUUUUAUUGGAAUAUUUUACAUGCAGACCAAAAAGUGAGAGACUGACACGUGACCCCUAGGGUUUGCCUCAUUUAAAUAAUCCUCACACAUCUCUUUCCCUUUCCCUCUCUCUCUAGAUGUAGUUAAUGUACAGUACACUCCCACAAAUGAAACACUCUUAUAUUAUUGGAUCCCGCUCUGAGAAAAUGAAGAUUGGGAACACGCUCAAAUCAGUCAUUGACCUUGUGACAUGGUUAGAAAUUAUCACGAUGUCUAGCCAAAUUUUAACAUACAGUAUAUUUUUUAGCACAGACCUUUAUUAUAGCCUACUGCUCAAAGAGAGGGAAAACAGGGGUGGGCUGUAGAUCAUGUAAAUCAGCUAAUUAGCUAGCUAGUUAGCUAUUCUGUUGAAACAAUCUAACUAGUCUUUAGAUUGAGAUUUAAUUGGGAUCCCCAUUAGCCGACGCCAUUGGCGACAGCUAGUCUUCCUGGGGUCCGACACAUAAGAGAAUCAGUGAUUUGAAUUUGUUCUGCUGCUGACAUUUGCCUUUUAGGCCUACUAACAAACAGUUAAAUUAAAGCCUUCCCUGUUCCUGACUGUGAGAUGACACGUAAUUUAAAAGGUAGUAACUACUACACUACCGUUCAGCGCCGGUAGCUUCUGCCUGCAGGACGAGUGCAGUGGGCACUCCUAGAUUCAAAAAUGAGAAAUUACUAUAGCUAGUUUGAUGGGCAAUGUAUUUAAUUAACAAGAGAGAAAAUAGACUAUAAGGGAAAUAAAAAUGUAAUAAUUUAAAAUGCCACCAAUCUGAAGGGCACUUUUCUCAUAGGAGGGCAAAAGGACAGAUGCUCAGGCACCCUUAGACCUCUAUCUGUGCAUGUGCCUGUAGAUAAGCCACCUGCACUCAAAGGGGAAUUCAAUUCUGGGAAUCAGUGAGAGAAGAACAAGUCUAAUCAAGGAUUUUCAUAUCCAGUCUGUUGACUCCUGGCAGCCUUUUUUGGGCCCUAAGUUAUUUUUUUUUCUUCAGUUUUAAAGCAAGUUUGCUGCAAUACUACACAUUUUGCUAUGGGGUGGAGAGAUUUUGCAACAACGAAAAAUGGUGGGGGGCCCUAAGCAGUCGCUUAUACCUAGGGCCGGCCCUGAAUCCUCCUGUUAUUGUAUGAGGGAGCUGUUAAUUAAAAGUAAUCCACAGAGAGUUCAGUCUAAUCUUUUUGUUAUUUUGUCCUGAUUACUGACCUCUCAGUAAUCAGGCUAAUCAAACAAAAAGAUAGUUUGGGUUGAGGAUUAACAUGGGUAUGAACUUAGCCACAAAGACACACACACACAGCCUCAGAAAGACAUGUAGAAAUGUGUGCGCACAAACACACAAUGUAUGCUCAUUAUAAAGAACCAAAAUGUGUGACAAACAUUGGCAUUCAAACUCACACUCUCACACACCCUGCCUUAAUGAGAGAAGAUAAUAUAUGCAGUAUUUGUCAGUGCAGAAACGGUUGAUCUGUGGUUUUCCAGGUUUCUAUUAGAAUAUUUUGCAUGCAGACCAAAAAGUGAGAGACUACCACAUAACAAUCCAUCAAAAGAUGUGACCCCUGGAGUUUUUUCAAUCAUUCUUACAGAAUUCUCUCUCUCUCUCUUCUCUCUGUGUAGAAUGACUACAGGAAGCUGUCCAUGCAGUGUAAGGACUUUGUGGUGGGAGUGCUUGACUUAUGCAGAGACACGGAGGAGGUGGAGGCCAUUUUGAAUGGGGAUGUGGACCAAGCUCUGCCCGGCGAUCACAGUCGACCCUGCCUCAGUCGGGUCAAACUGGCCAUUAAGUACGAGGUCAAGAAGGUUAGCUGAAUCACUCAACCUGAAAUCAAACAUUAUAUUUUUUUCAAAAGGCCAUUUAAAAUGUUAAUCUCCCUCUGUAGUCCAGUGUAGCUCAGUUGGUAGAGCAUGGCGCUUGCAACGCCAGCGUUGUGGGUUCGUUUCCCACGGGGGACUAGUAUGAAAAUGUAUGCACUCACUAACUGUAAGUCGCUCUGGAUAAGAGCGUCUGCUAAAUGACUAAAAUGUAAAUGGGGUUUAUGUCUUUGUGCGUCUCUGUAAUUGUGUCUUUAACACAAUUCUUAAUUUGAAUAGCAAUCAAUCUCAAGGGCACAAUGAGAAACACACUUUUGAUUACAUUAUCCCAUUCUACCCGUCCCCUAUAAAGGGUUUAUUAUAAAGAAAAACUGGAAUGGGACCUAAAUGAAAUAGGUGUUUUACAGCUGUUUAACAACCAUCAAUGUAGGGAUUCUACAACGACAAAGCAGUCACCCUCUGCCUCUGGUUAUCAAUGUUGUAGUAUGUCAAAGUUAUUUUUCAUCAUGUCUCUAGUUUGUGGCCCAUCCUAACUGCCAGCAGCAGCUCCUGACCCUGUGGUAUGAGAACCUAGCUGGACUUAGGCAGCAGUCUGUUGGGGUGAAAUGCUGGAUAGUCCUGGGAGUGGCAAUCGGCCUUCCUUUCAUCUCAAUGGCAUACUGGAUAGUGCCCUGCAGUAAGGUACAUUCACAAUCCCCUUUCUAUCGUUUUCUCAGAAUCACUCAUUAACACGUUUUAUAUUACAAAAAUAUGAUAUGUUUAUAUCAUGAGGUUGAUGGUUGCCGUUUAUGUGGUUGAUUUCCUCUGUAUCAGUUCGGUCAGAUUCUCCGUAGCCCCUUCAUGAAGUUUGUGGCCCAUGCUGUUUCAUUCACCAUCUUUCUUGGGCUGCUGGUAAUCAAUGCCUCGGACCGCUUCGAGGGGGUCAAGAACCUUCCCAACGAGACUAUAACAGACCACCCUCUUCAGGUGUUCAGGGUCAAAACCAGUCAAUUCUCCUGGACUGAGAUGCUCAUCAUGAAUUGGGUGAUUGGUAAAUUACUCUGAUUUACAAACAGCUGCUUUUGUGGGAGAGACAUUAUUAUCCAGUCUAUUCAUAUCUCCUUGGUCAUAUCUCUUUACCACGGUAUAAUCUGAAUGAAAUCUGAAUGUACUGAAAUAAUUUCACUCGUAUGCUCCAAACAGAGGGCUUUUGCACCAACUGAAAAGCCCUCUUCUCUUUGUUAGGGAUGAUCUGGUCGGAGUGUAAGGAGAUCUGGGCUGAUGGGCCAAGGGAGUACAUCAUGCACCUGUGGAACGUGCUAGACUUUGGCAUGCUGUCCAUCUUCGUGGCAUCCUUCACGGCUCGGCUCAUGGCCUUCCUGAGGGCCUCUGAGGCCCAGUUGUAUGUGGAUAUGUAUGUGCCCAACAUGCCCAACAUAGACCUGAGUAACGCCUCACUGCCUCCAAAUGUAGCAUACUACACCCAUGGUCAGUGCCAGUGAUACGUUAUGAUUAAAAAAUGAUUAUAAUAAUAGCAUUGGUUCAACUCUGUCUACAGACAAACAGGGUGUGUAUGUAGCAUUACAGUAACCUUAGUGUCAUAAAACGAACAAGUGCUGCCACCCCUUGGUAAGGACAUUUAAUAGUAACCACCGUUUCUCUCUCUCAGCCAGGAACAGGUGGUUACCCUCCGACCCUCAGCUCAUCUCCGAGGGUUUGUACUCCAUUGCAGUGGUGCUCAGUUUCUCCCGCAUUGCCUACAUCUUGCCUGCCAAUGAGAGCUUUGGCCCACUUCAAAUCUCCCUAGGCCGGACGGUCAAGGACAUCUUCAAGUUCAUGGUCAUCUUCAUAAUGGUCUUCCUGGCUUUCAUGAUUGGCAUGUUCAAUCUAUAUUCCUAUUACCUUGGUGCCAAGUACAACCCUGCCUUCACCACGUAAGUACCCUCAUGCCUCUUCCUGUAAAUUAAAUGCUUUAAGUAGAGAUGUACAGUGCCUUGCAAAAGUAUUCAUCCCCCUUGGCGUUUUUCCUAUUUUGUUGCAUUACAACCUGUAAUUUAAAUUGAUUUUAUUUGGAGUUCAUGUAAUGGACAUACACAAAUUAGUCAAAAUUGGUCAAUUUAAGUGUCGAUUUAUGUGCAAUCUAUGUGUCACAUGAUCUCAGUAUAUACAGUAUAUACCUGUUCUGAAAGGCCCCAGAAUCUGCAACACCACUAAGCAAGGGGCACCACCAAGCAAGCGGCACCAUGAAGACCAAGGAGCUCUCCAAACAGGUCAGGGACAAAGGUUUGGAGAAGUACAGAUCAGGGUUGGGUUAUAAAAAAAUAUCAGAAACUUUGAACAUCCCACGGAGCACCAUUAAAUCCAUUAUUAAAAAAUUGAAAGAAUAUGGCACCACAAUAAACCUGCAAAGAGAGGGCCGCCCACCAAAACUCACGGACCAGGUAAGGAGGGCAUUAAUCAGAGAGGCAACAAAGAGACCAAAGAUAACCCUGAAGGAGCUGCAAAGCUCCACAGCGGAGAUUGGAGUAUCUGUCCAUAGGACCACUUUAAGCCGUACACUCCACAGAGCUAGGCUUUACGGUAGAGUGGCCAGAAAAAAACAUUGCUUAAGGUAAAAAAUAAGCAAACGCGUUUGGUGUUCGCCAAAAGGCAUGUGGGAGACUCCCCAAACAUAUGGAAGAAGGUACUCUGGUCAGAUGAGACUAAAAUUGAGCUUUUUGGCCAUCAAGUAAAACGUAAUGUCUGGCGCAAACCCAACACCUCUCAUCACCCCGAGAACACCAUCUUCACAGUGAAGCAUGGUGGUGGCAGCAUCAUGCUGUGGGGAUGUUUUUCAUCGGCAGAGACUGGGAAACUGGUCAGAAUUGAAGGAAUGAUGGAUGGUGCUAAAUACAGGGAAAUUCUUGAGGGAAACCCGUUUCAGUCUUCCAGAGAUUUGAGACUGGGAUGGAGGUUCACCUUCCAGCAGACAAUGAUCCUAAGCAUACUUCUAAAGCAACACUUGAGUGGUUUAAGGGGAAACAUUUAAAUGUCUUGGAAUGGCCUAGUCAAAGCCCAGACCUCAAUCCAAUUGAGAAUCUGUGGUAUGACUUAAAGAUUGCUGUACACCAGCGGAACCCAUCCAACUUGAAGGAGCUAGAGCAGUUUUGCCUUGAAGAAUGGGCAGAAAUCCCAGUGGCUAGAUGUGCCAAACUUAUAGAGACAUACCCCAAGAGACUUGCAGCUGUAAUUGCUGCAAAAGGUGGCUCUACAAAGUAUUGACUUUGGGGGAGUGAAUAGUUAUGCACGCUCAAGUUUUCUGUUUUUCUUGUCUUAUUUCCUGUUUGUUUCACACAAAAAAAAUAUUUUGCAUCUUCAAAGUGGUAGGCAUGUUGUGUAAAUCAAAUGAUACAACCCCCCAAAAAAAUCAAUUUUAUUCCAGGUUGUAAGGCAACAAAAUAGGAAAAAUGCCAAGGGGGGUGAAUACUUUUGCAAGCAACUGUAGAUGUAUUUAUUCAUUUGUGUGUUAUUUCUAAAUGUCAGGGUCCACGCGUAUACCGCUCGUGUGUGUUUGUGUGUUAGUCUGUGUGUGUUGUGUUUGAUUAUUUAUGUUUACAUGUGUUCACAGAGUGGAGGAGAGCUUUAAGACUCUAUUUUGGUCCAUCUUCGGCUUGUCUGAGGUUAUCUCUGUGGUCUUGAAGUAUGACCAUAAGUUCAUAGAGAACAUUGGUUAUGUUCUCUUUGGCGUCUACAAUGUAACCAUGGUAAUCGUACUGCUCAACAUGCUGAUUGCAAUGAUCAAUCACUCCUAUCAGGAGAUUGAGGUGAGACUAGGAACCAAUAGGCCUAAAUACCACUAGGGAAUUCACAGGAAAUCAAAAGUCAAUAAUCACUGUUUUGAGGUCAAAGGGAAAUAAUGUGUGUGAGUAUGUGUGAGUAUUAUACUGUUAUGUUUAUGUUGUAUUCAUGUACCAUUUUAUGAGUGUACUGUUGCGAGCAGUUCUGGUAAAAUGAUCAGACCAUACUAGAUGAAUUCAAAUGAAAAUAAAUGAGUCAUUGCCUCUCUCAUAUCACUCUCCAGUUAUGCUCACACUGGUGGUCUGUCUCAAUCUCAACAGGAGGAUGCUGAUGUGGAGUGGAAGUUUGCCCGUGCCAAACUCUGGCUGUCCUACUUUAACGAGGGACAUACUCUUCCCCCACCAUUUAACCUGGUUCCCAGCCCCAAGUCCUUCUACUACCUAGCCCUGCGCACAAGGGCUUGUCUGGUGAGGCUGUGCAAGGCCAAAGCCUGUCUCCAAGACAACCAGCAGGAUACGGCCAUGAUCAAUUUGCGAUUUAAGGUCAGAAGUCUGCUUUGAGGGAGUGGCUGUAGCCAGAUGUAUAUCUGCCUCGUUAGAUGUUGUCAGUCUUUAAUGGAUUUUUUAAUGGGUGUGUGGUUUCUGUUCUGUUUCAGCUCAAUCAGUACAGACCUCAAACCAGGACACCAGGGCAGGAUGACUUCACUAUUAGGAAAACCAUCAAACAUCCUACUCGAUACCAGGUACUUCCUCAAUACCAGUCAAUUUGAUUAAUUAGCAAGAUCAGACGAUACUCAGAAGUGCUACAUUUUGAACUGAUGUCUCUACAGUUAAGAUUCUCUCUCUUUUCUUGACAGAAACUUAUGAAGAGGCUUAUUAAGCGAUAUGUGCUAAAGGCUCAGGUUGACAGUGAAAAUGACGAAAUCAACGAAGGUGAUUUAUGAUUCAUAUCCAUAUGUAAGAUCAGAAAGCUGUUGUGCCCGCUUAACGGAAGACUGAUCAUUCUUACAACUGCAAGGCUGUGACAUGGAUCUGUAGUGGAUUGAGUGAUUAAUAACCUGUGGUGCAUCCCUUGCAGGGGAGCUGAAGGAGAUAAAGCAGGACAUCUCCAGCCUGCGAUAUGAGCUUCUGGAGGAGAAGUCUCAGGCCACAGAGGAACUAGCUGACUUGAUCCAACAGCUUGGUGACAAGCUUAGCAAGAACGCCAUGAAACCCUGA